CCUCCUCGCGGACGGGACUCCAGGGUGCGCACAGAGCAGACAGAAAGGGUUUGGUCCGUUCCGGUUAUGGGAAGGGUGUCAGUGGUCGCCGUGUGAGUCAGCGUGGCCCCGAACUGCUGCAGAGAGCCCCGCGGUGGAGGCGGCUCAAGCCCCGAAGAAGUCCCCCGUAGAUGAAAGUUGUUCUCGGCUAUGCUGCCCUGAUUCGGCCGCCGGUACCCGCCCGACCAACAUGUCUGAUGUCAACAAGACUCUGCAGAAAUGGCACGCCAGUUUCAGAAAAGGCACGGACUUUGACUCGUGGGGACAAUUAGUGGAGGCUAUAGACGAGUACCAAAUUCUUGCGAGGCAACUGCAAAAAGAAGUGCAGUCAUCAAACUCAUCAGACUUCACAGAAGAGCAGAAGAAAAAUUUAGGGAAGAUUGCAACAUGCCUAGAGAUGAGGAGUACCAGUUUGCAGAGCACGCAGUCAACAGAGGACUUCAAGUUGGAAGACUUAAAGAAACUAGAAAGCAUCAUUAAGAAUUUAUUGACGUACACUAAGGAAUUUCCCUUCGAUGUCCAGCCAGUCCCCUUGAGAAAAAUCCUCGCCCCCGGUGAAGAGGAGAACCUGGAGCUGGAGGAAGAAGAUGCCACCGCAGUCGCCGGCUCUACAGAAGCGUUCCCCCCGAGAGCUCCCGGUACUGAAGGUACCUUGUUACCACGGUUACCCUCCGAGCCUGGAAUGACGCUGCUGACGAUACGAAUAGAAAAAAUUGGUCUGAAAGAUGCCGGGCAAUGCAUCGACCCGUACAUGACCAUUAGCGUCAAAGAUUCAAAUGGGGUGGACUUGAACCCGGUGCAGGACACCCCCGUAGCCACCAAGAAGGAAGACCUCUGCAUUCACUUCGGUAUGGACGUGGAGAUCCAAAGGCAUCUGGAGAGACUACCUAAAGGGGCAGCUAUUUUCUUUGAAUUCAAACACUACAAACCCAAGAAGAGGUUUACCAGCACAAAAUGUUUUGCCUUUUUGGAAAUGGACGAGAUCAAGCCUGGGCCCAUUGUGAUUGAGCUGUACAAGAAGCCCACCGACUUCAAGAGGAAGAAACUUCAGCUUCUCACCAAGAAACCACUUUAUCUUCACCUUCAUCAAACCUUGCACAAGGACAGCUAAGAUGCCCAUAAGUCACCCAAUUACACGCAAUACACCACGACUAAAUCAUCAGUUUUGUUUUGGGGUUAUUUUUCCGUCUCUAUAUUAACAGAGUAAAAGGAACACAAACGGGAGGUUGUGUCAAUACGAGGUGCUCAACUAUCUCUGUUUGCACUGUCGGACCUUGAAACUGACGUGUGCAAAACACACUGCCAAAAAAAAAGCCGACGUUAUGUGUAGCAAACAUUAAACUGGGCUGCUUGCAGAAUCAUUUCCAUGUUAGACAUGAACAACAUCUUCAACCGAGUCCACGGGGAGACUUUUUGGUGCUGGUUAUCAUCAUUUCAGAUCAUGUACGUUAUCUUUAGGUUUAAAAUUGAAAAGUAAAUAAAAUGAUACAAGUGGAAUUUGGGCAUGCGGAAUUUCUGUUCUUUUCACCAACUUUUAAAAGAAUGUCAUCCAUACAAAUAAGAUCUGCCCCGUUGUUAAUUGUGUAUUAAUAGACUUACUAACAGCACCACAUGCAAAUUAUUGCACAAAUUAUUAUUAUUAUUUUUUAAAUUGUUUCAAUUUCUAUGUACUGUAUAUGAACUAAUGCUUUUUUGCGUGAGCUUCACCAAAUAGUCAUAUCGCAAAGUCAAAUACAACACUGUUUAUCAAAUAUUUUCACCUCAGCCAUUUAGGAAUUGCAGCCAUUUUAUGCCGUCGUUUUUCCAACAGUGUUUUGGACAAUUGCCCGACCGAAGAACAACACAAAUAUUUCAGAGUUGAUUAUCAGUUAUUGAGUUUGACAUUUGGCAGCCGUUUGACUCGAGCGACCCGGAUGAACCAAAUAGAUCAAUUAUCCAUUGUGUUUAACGUUUGCUGUCCCCUUCCGAGACAACAUGGGUCUUUUCAUGACAUUUGCGUUACAAGUGGUGCCGUUAUUAAUUCACUGGGAGGGGGGGGGUUGACCUUUUAUCUUCUGCUCAUGUCAGUUGGCAUUUGGAGAGUAAUAAUAAUAACGUAUUUGUGUUGGCCUUUGUCGCAAAGCUUAAUUUGAUUGUCACGCGUGUGCACAAAAUAUGUCUGUGCCUCAAGCUCACGUUCUGCGACGGCGAGCGCGAGGGAUUGCGAUGACGUGCGCACGAAACCGGGGAUCUGGAUGUUUUCUUUUGUUCGAAAAAGGAUCGAUGUCACCUUCCUAUGAUGGUCUUCAUUCAUUUUGAUUGCAAUACUUGAUUUUGAGACUUUAUUUUUGUAAAGGUCCGGGAUUGUAAAUGACCUGUAAGAUACACUAACUGAUGACGCUGCGGCAACUGUAUGUGUGAAAGACAAGAGUGGUUAUGUAUGACUGGCAGAAGAAUUUGAUCAAAACAUUCAUUUCUAAUAAACUGAAGGGGGAGAAGAUGCAGUUUA